AUGCCGCCAGAAUUAGCCCGAGCUCACUCGCAGGGCAGUGUGGUGUCCCAGACAACACAGAUUGCCAACCAAAGCCGGCCAGGUACGGCAGACCCUGUGCGAGCACGCUCCGAGGCCCUCUCACGGGCUAGCCGUCGUCCUCGGUCUAGAGGAUCAACAGCGAGUAUCCACUCAAGUACCACCCAGCAAACCCAAGACCAGCACCUCGACGGGUUCCCGCAGUUCAUGCCAUCGCAAGUCGGAUCAGGCCAGCACAUGUUCAACAAUCCGGAGGACAUGCUAAUACGGUUUGGGCACCAGCUUUCACAUCAUAACGGUGCACCGCUGGAUCAAUCGAUGCAAGACACCCACGCCGGGAUGUCUCGAGCCGAAGACUUUCCAAAUCACUCGAUGCAGGGCCACCCGCUUUCCCAUCACCCUAUACAGCCCGAACUUGCAAACGGUUUGCCCAAUGUACCCGUUCCCCAAUACCAGCCGAUGUAUGAUAGUGGUGUUGAGAACCACCUCCCUGAUCACAUCGUCGAGGAUCAAGAAAUCUCGGAGCUAGGGGCUAAAAAAAAAAGAGGUGCGAGCUCGACAGUAGCUAAUGACAACGAGCUGCGAAAGCUGCUUCGUCAGUAUGAGGGAUGGAGUCUCAAACAAAUGGCGGCUGAAGUCAUGAAGAAUGAGGGUGGAGGGGGCAAGGCUGAGAAAGUGAAGCAGGUCUUCGCGAUGAUCUGGCUGAGAGAAAAUUGCCGGAAGAGCAGUGGCUCCGUACGUCGUGACCGGGUCUAUUGCUGCUAUGCAGAGAACUGUGGAACGGAACGCGUCUCAGUACUAAACCCUGCAUCAUUCGGAAAGUUGGUUCGCAUCAUCUUCCCGAAUGUACAGACCCGGCGUCUUGGGGUCCGAGGCGAGUCCAAGUAUCACUACGUCGAUUUGUCGGUCAUUGAGGAAAAGCAACAAAAGCUUGCGCCUCUUAACCCACAGAUUGCCCAUCAUGCAAACGGCCCUGCUUCUUUGCCCUCCAGAGCUGCCAGUGCGAUGCGCUCGAGAAGUGCUAGCGUACAACAACCGACUGCCGAUACUGCCGUGUUCCCAUCUCCCACAACUUCCUUCGCUCCUCGAUUCCCGAAUAAUUCAUCUUCUGCCGACUGCAAUUGCCAAGGCCACACGCCAUCUGGGCCAGAUGCCACAAUCACCCGCGAUAAUGUAGCCCAGCAGGCUGGGAAAAUGAUACAUCAGAUGCUUCAGUUCCCGAUGGAUGAGAACACCGUCGUUGAUAACGAUACCCUUCAACUUCCCGAUAUCCGUGCAUACUUACCUGCAAACACCGACUUGAAAGUUGCUGCAGCUCUUGCUGCCCUGUAUCGCUCCCAUUGCAUUUCGGUCAUCGACAGCUUUCGGUAUUGCAAGGAACGAAAUCUUAUGAAAUAUUUCUCCGCUUUCCAUGGAACAUUGACUGUUCCCGUUCAAAAGUUAUUGACCCAUCCUAACCUUGCUCCAUGGAUCAAGGAAUGCGAUUGGAUGAUGUACCAGAAGAUGAUUGCGUUUGUGGCACCCCUCACAACCCAGGUGGUCCCUAAGCCAGUCCUAGACGCUUUUAACUCCAUCUCACAACGGCUUUGCGGGCACAUCGCUGAAACCUUUAAGACCCAACCAACCCAUGUCUCCUUAGCACGCUUGAUUCCCGCGCAUAUCUUCUGCAAUCUCCUCAAGCAUAUGCUUGAUGUGAACCAGGCUGCCAAUGCCGCUGCUGCCUGGCUUUGCCACCCGGAUAACCGAAACCAAAUGUGGACGGACUUUAAGACUAUGGUAAAUCCUAGAGAUAUGAUGACCAAGGCAAACAUCCCAACGUGUGCGGAGCUAGCGACGGAGCAAAUUCUCAAGCAUGACGUUCGUGCGCUCUUGACUCCAUUGAAUGAUGCCGACCCCUCGGCAAGCUUGCUUUUCUUCACGCAACCAGAUAGCCCCGAUUCUGUUGAGGCGCACAAGUUCCCUGUAGAAAGUGCUCCGGGAGACGAGUACAACUUCCCCGACAAAUGGGUUCAGUUCAUCCUCAACAUCCCCGCUGCCUUUUCCAACCACCGCACACAGUGUGUCAUUGAAAAAGUUGAUGCCUUGUGGGAUAGCGUGUUGCACCGGCUUACCCUGGCCGGAGCACCAAGUUUUAGCGCGUGGUGGAUGACAAAAGUCUUCUUCCACGAGAUGAUGGUCUGGCAAGCAGAGAAGGGUGGGUUCAUGUGCAACACUCCUGGAUCACUGCAAAGUGCGACGUUUGGCCCUGAACCACUCGGCCAUUUUCAGAUGAGACAAGCGUCUGUUCCCGAGGCAUCCCCUUUUGAGAACGAUUCAAAACCUCACCCAAGUCCUCCUAUGGCUCACAGUGGUCAUCAAAGCCAGCCUCCCAGUCAGCACUCGGAUUUCAAACACCCUCCCAGCGAGAAGCGACUCUCUCUUCAAGAGGGCUUCCAAGGACAUAACAAUGACGACAGCGCAAUUGACCUUGAGGAUGAUACUAUGCUGCUAGCAGUUGGUAAAUACGGUGAUAUGAUGGUGUCCGAUCCCGCAGAUGCCGAAGGCGAUGUCGUCGUCGUCUAG